AUCUCGCGCGGAUCCGGCGGGGGCCGGUUCCGACCCGGCGUCGGGGGAACUUGAAAAAGGCUCGAGCUAGGGUUCGGCCCGAUCGCGCGUUUCCCAACGGCCCCCUCCAGUCAAGCAUCGUAUAUAGGAGGGAAUGUGGUCUGAGUCACGAUCACAAUGUGGCGAAAGAAAUCAACGGGGUCGCUUGCAUCCUGAAAGAACACAACAUGCUGAAUCUGCAGAUUUUCAAAGAACGGUGCAAGUGAUGUCAAGGAGGCAGGAUUAUGAUCGUUGUGGUGAUGGAGGAAGAGGUGGCAGCACUGGCCGUGAAUAUAAUUAUUACAGCCAUUCGGAGGAGUAUCGAGGGUAUUCUGCUGACAACCGUGAUUAUGGACAUGGUCGACGGUUUGGUCCUUCACCUAAAACUGGCUCCUGGGAUGAUGAAAAUUCCAGAUGGCCCAGAGAGGAUCACUCGGAAAGUAGACCAUCCGAUUAUAGAGGACUGAAGACAAAGAGAUAUGCUAUGACUGUUAGGGAUAACUUCAGAAGAAAGAAUUUCUAUUCAUCUCCGCAUGUUCGAGAGCGUUCGCCUCACAAAAGAGAAGUACCAUACUCCAGAAGAGAAUCUCCUCACAGCCGUUCUGGAUCAAGUAUCAGCAACAGAAGUUACUCGCCAGAUAAAAACAAGCAGCCACCUUCUCAUCCAUCCCAGUUCAGCAAAAAUCGAGAAAGAUCUUCUGUUUCUUCUUUGACCCCCUCAAGAGAUGCCUCUCCAUCUGGUUCAGUACCACCAGCUACUUCAAAGGCUGCAAACUUUGAAAAAUCCAGCAAAACAUCUGAGAACCUGAAUAAGGAAGGUACAAGUGAAUGGUGUUCUGAACAGCAGCAAAUUCCAGAGCUGGAGAUCAAUGAAUGUGAUAAUCUUGAUACUAUUCAAAUGCUAUAUCCAGAUAAAUUGGAUGAUGUAGAGAUUAAUACACGGAGUGCUAUUGAGUUUAUAGAUCUAAACCAAACAGAUGUUCGGACGAGAGCAAUUGCUGAGAAAACCAAAGAGAUUGAAGAGGUUUAUAGACAAGACUGUGAGACCUUUGGCAUGGUUGUUCAGAUGCUCAUUGACAAAGACCCGUCAUUGGAAACUACAGUACAGUUCUCACUAAGAGAAAAUUUGCGUGAGAUAGGAGAACGUUGCAUUGAUGAACUGAGAAACUUCAUCGCACAAUAUGAUUCAACUCCUGGAGAGUAUGCAAAGAACUUGUAAUUCCACAUUUUGAAUCCCUGACAAACUGCAUUUGUUCCCAAGCCCAUUUUCUAACAAUCGUAACCAUUAAUUAACAUGUCUUUUGUUCUGAAAUUAGCCACAGAAGCAAAGCAACUCUGUCUGUUAUUUAAGUAUAUUUAAAUGUAUACUUCAAGUUGACAUUGCAAAAAUCACUUUAACAUAUAAGAUGGGCAAUAAAGUAAGUCUAUAUUGACCUCAACAGUACAUUCUUUACAUAACGAUACCUAUAAUUGUAAGUACAUUUCUGAGAUCAAUAUAGGUUGAAUUUGAAAGCACUUUUUGGUGUAAAAGAACCAUGUAGAAUAUUUCCAACAGAAAAUUUGGCAAUAUCCAUGCUUAGCAUCUACAGUAGUGUCUUGUUUUGACUGUUUGAGAGAUUUUUGCCACCAGCCCAGCUAGGAAAAUAAAGUUUGAGAAAAUAUGGUGGUUAACGUUUUUUGUACCUGGGUACUGAAAGAAAAAGAAAAAUGUGACUUUGUGUCCUAUGAUGAUUGAUUGAAUGACAUUUGUAACUACUGUGGUUAUGAGUUGGACAGAGUAACCAGUUUUGUAUUGUGGAACAACAACGGAGAGACAAUGUUUGGCAUUAAUAACUUGAACUGGAGAAGGCCAAACCAGGAUUCUUAUUUUUAAUUAUAUUCACUCCUGUUAAAGAAUAUAUGUGUAUGUGCCAAGUGCAGCAAAAUUACAUUUGAGGAGGAUGCCUUCAAAUGCCAAAUGAUCUGUGACUCUUCCUCUCCAGGGUUGUACAUGAAGGAUAGACAUUUGGGUGGGAAGCAUGAGAGCAGUUAGCGUUCAUAGGCAGACAAACUAGUCAAUGCUUAGAAGGAGAGAAAAAAAAAAUCCCUGAUGUUAAGGCUAUUAAUAGGGCUGAAUUCUAGAGUAUUCCCUGAAGUGAACUCUUUAUUUUUAUACUGGAAACUAUGCUAUUCUUUAUGAUUUGUUAAUUAUUUUGUGUUGGCUUACUCCAUUAAUUAAAAAAAUAGUUUAUGUAAUAUUAGCCAGAUAAUACCAAAUAACCUGUCUUUCAAAAUGUGAACUCUGUUGUACAGAAAAACCCUCUUCUAUGUUGGAAAAUCCAACCUGAAAGCCAGAAGGCCAACUAUAGCAAUAGAAAUUCCAUUUUUCUGCACUUAGAAUUUUCUAAGUUCAUCAUCAAUGUUGUAUAUUAGAUUUCUACACUGAAGAGGCUUUUAUUUGUAACUAAAUGUAUUAGUAUUUUGUAUAAAUGAUCAGUUGUUUAUAAACAGAUUCUGCUUUCAUUACUGAAGUGACAGUAAGAUUAUUGUAGGAGCAUAGAUCAGCCUUGAUGCAUGUAGUGAUAAAGAAACAUGAAAAGUUUUAGUGUUCAGACUUAAGUCAUUGUUAAAGCCAGAACACUCUGACAGCAUAAUGUUUUUCUGUCUUUUAUGUGCUAUGGUGUAUAAAACAUCAUAAUUGUUUCAAAAUGUAUUCAAGAAGUUAAGUGGUUGUUGGAGUGUUCAAAUCAUUCUGUCAACAUGGAAUUUAUUUUAUAAACUGGUUUGGUUGCUGGAAUGAAAGUCUCCAUUUUGUAAUCUGUAGAUGUCCUUUGUAAAAUAAAUUUACACAGCCACUUCUUACUGUGUGGUGUCCACAUCAUAAUACUGAUAUAACUUAGCACAAGGUGACUACUCAGAAGAGAAGCAGGCAGUCUUUUUCUGAGCUGAAAAAUAUGUUGCUGGAAAAGCGCAGCAGGUCAGGCAGCAUUCUAGGAGCAGGAG